AACUUUUUCAUACAAACCCAAAAGAGCAUCAACUCAAACGACUAAAUCAACACAAAAGCAUCAAUCCAGCGCACCGAAGUACAAGAAUCGUAUUCAUCUACUGAGAAAAGGUCGGACCUAGUCUCCUGCAGGUUAGCCGCCAAAUAUUGGCGCCCUUUCGCCUUUCAAUUCCUCACGCAUAGGAAAAACAAGUGAAAAAAACCAUCAUCUCACAGCCCGCCAUGCCCAUCACAAUUCACAACCCGCAGCCAAACGCGCCGGCACCGCGGCGGCCGCGUGCAGUAGACAUCGAUAUGGAUGUUCCUUCAGAUUCAGAGUCAGACUCAGAAAAUGGCGGCGCAGCGAUUGAGGGCGACAUUCCCAUGCUCGACGGCGAGAGCAUGCAUGUGGACGAAGAGGAUGAAGAUGAAGAGCAAACAGACACCAGAGACGAGAUUCUCACUCCUGGAACAGUGAUCACGUCAAAUGCUCAAUGGAUGCGUGGUCACGGCACAUACGUCCCCCCAAACACCACCUCCAUCACCUCCUCUCUUGCCGGCACACUCACCCGCACCAACAAGCUGCUCUCAGUGCGUCCCCUGAGGGCGCGCUACAACCCCGAGAUCGGUGACCUCGUUGUCGGCCGCAUCGUCGAGGUCCAGGCCAAGCGCUGGCGCGUCGAUGUCGCCGCAGCCCAGCUCGCCAUCCUCCAGAUCUCUGCCAUCAACCUCCCCGGUGGCAUCCUCCGCAAGCGGACUGAGACAGACGAGCUCCAAAUCCGCAGCUUCUUCUCAGAGGGUGAUCUCCUCGUCGCCGAGGUUCAGCAGCUGCAUCAGGACGGUGCUGCGAGCUUGCACACCCGCAGUUUGAAGUACGGAAAGCUGAGGAACGGCGUCUUUGUCGCCGUCGGUGGCACGGGAGGCGGUGGAGGCGUGGUGCGUUCCAAGCGCCAGCUGUGGACCAUGGAGACUUCCAACGCAGGCAGCAAGAUUGACGUCCUGUUGGGUGUCAACGGCUACAUCUGGAUCAGCAAGCACAUCGAGAGCGAUGUCGCGGCCGAGGCGGCGGGUAUCAACCGCAUGGAGGAAAGCGUCAGCUCUCAAAUCUAUUCGAGCCAAAACAAUCACAUCGACGUCCCCACCAUGAGAGAGAUUGCGCGGUGUAGGAGUGUCAUCCUCGCACUGGUAGAGAAUGGGGUCAAGAUUGAUGAAGACACUGUGACGAGGGGAUACCAUGAGGCAGUCGAAUUUGGAAGAGAGUCGGCAGACGACGACAUUUACUUGGGAGGAGAGCGAGGGAAAAGGCUAGCUGCAGCGUUAUCUGGACGAUAGAAAAGACUGAGGAAUAGCAAAACCUGUAAUGUUGAUGCAAGAUAUUGGACAUUGUCCAAAUCCAUUAUGAAGGCUCUCACAAGAAACGCUGUUUGGCU